UCUAUAUUAGUUCGAAGACUUGGAUUAGUUUGUCAAGUCAAUCAUAUUCCCUCCCUCCCUCCCUCCCUCCCUCCCUUUCAGUUCCCCUCUCGGUCGCCUUCUAGACUCUUCCAUUCUCUGCUCUGCUUGCUGCAACAUCAAUGGCUUCCGAUCUCGAGAACAAGGCCAAAGAGGCUUUCAUCGACGACCACUUCCAACUCGCCGCCGAUCUCUACUCCCAGGCCAUCGACCUCAACCCUAACAGCGCCGAGCUUUUCGCCGACCGCGCUCAGGCAAAUAUCAAGCUCGGCAAUCUCACUGAGGCGGUUUCUGAUGCGAACAAGGCGAUUGAGCUGGAUGCUUCGAUGGCCAAAGCAUAUUUGCGCAAAGGCAUCGCAUGCAUGAAGUUGGAGGAGUAUCAAACUGCUAAAGCAGCCCUUGACAUCGGGGUAUCUAUGGCUUCCGCUGAUUCAAGAUCAAGAUUCACUUCUUUGAUUAAAGAAUGUGAAGAUCGCAUUGCUGAGGAAACAGGCCAGUUGCCAAAAGAGGAGUUGGAACUCCCAUCAAAUGCCACCCCCAUGCAAGAGGAACCAGUGAAUGGACUCUCCAACGAGACACAAGAUGUAGCUCCGCCCAAGCCUAAAUACAAGCACGAUUUCUAUCAGAAGCCUGAGGAAGUCGUUGUGACUAUAUUUGCCAAGCGUGUGCCAGCUGACAGUGUGUCUGUUGACUUUGGUGAACAGAUUCUAAGCGUAAGCAUCAACGUUCCUGGUGAAGAUGCAUACCAUCUCCAGCCUCGUUUAUUUGGCAAGAUAGUACCUGCCAACUGCAAGUAUAUUGUAUUGUCUACCAAAGUGGAAAUCCGUCUUGUGAAAGCUGAACCGAUACACUGGACCUCUCUAGAGUACAAGGAAACAACUGUCGUUAGAAGGGUGGACACUUCCUCCGGUAUGUUAAACAUGCUGAUACUGUGUUGUUUCUUGCAAUAUUCUACACUGCGAAUUUGAACAACAAUGCCAUGCUAUAGAACCUAAAUUCAAGGUUAGGCGGUUUUGAUGUUAAACCUCUACUGGGUUGAGCAACAAUAUGAUGUGUUAAUAAAGUUCCCUUUGUCUGAUGGACUAUGCAGAGGUUGCCAUGAGACCCACAUACCCAUCUUCAAAACCGAAGAAAGUUGACUGGGAUAAACUCGAAGCACAAGUAAAGAAAGAGGAAAAGGAUGAAAAGCUGGACGGUGAUGCAGCUCUGAACAAAUUCUUCAGGGAAAUAUACAAGGAUGCUGAUGAAGACACGAGAAGAGCCAUGCAGAAAUCCUUUGUGGAGUCGAGCGGAACAGUGUUGUCGACCAACUGGAAGGACGUGGGGAGUAAGAAGAUCGAAGGAAGUGCUCCUGAUGGUAUGGAGAUGAAGAAAUGGGAGUAUUGACAGUGUGUACAAUAGAGUAGUAACUCUCUCAGGCACUGCAAUUUUGUGUCUCGUGUUCGAAUUCCAAUUCGUUCCUUGCAGUUGCCCUUGUGUUAAGAUCCAAACUACUCAAGACUUUCUCUUGCUCUUGUGAUCUGGGAUUUCGAUUGCUUUUGAGUGAAUUGCCAAGUAAUUCAUCUGAACCAUCUCUCUUGUUCUCUUGUGAUCUGUUUAUUGUUUUACUGUUUAUCAUUCCUGUUGUCCGGUUCGGUCAGGCUGCCGUGUUGGCUCGGAAAGAAAACGGUAAAAGCAGGGAUCAAAGCGAAUUGGUCCGGUUUAGAUUUGGUUAAGAAAAAGAAAAGGUUAAACGUGGCAGCCCAACC